CAUAAAUUUGGACUUUUUAAAGUUGGGAAUUUGUGAUUUUUUAUGAGUAUUAAGAAUGCAUAAUUUUGGAGGAUAUAAUUCACAGAAUAUUCUGCAAGGGUAUAUCAACCCGCCCGAAGUUAGCUUUCCUUUCUUGUUUAAGUUAUUUUAUUAUUCAAAAAUGUUUAAUUUUGUAAGGUUUUUUAGGAUUUUUGGUCUCGUUCAUUUAUAUUUAAAUAUAUCAAUAUGUCGUGGAUUGGUUGGACAAUUCAAAUUAUAACGACUGUUAGCUUUGAUUUGUCUUUCGCUUCUCCUUCGUUUUCAUGUGCUUCUGUGCUGUUUCUUCGGCUCUCCGAAUGGAGGCAACUGAUUCUGUUGUCAACGUUAGUCUGUGCACUGGUGUGAGCGAGAUAGAAGGAUGCAGGUGUCCGCAUCAAAAAGGGAUAACGGAAAGUUCUCAAUGGUGUGUGUAUUGGAAUGUGAGAGCGAGAGUGGAAUAAAGUAGAGAGCGACGCUUGCAAAAAGGGACGCAAGCAGUUUUAGAGAACAUUCGUAUUUGAAGAGCCAAACUUCAAAGAUCAUGCCACGCGCCAGAAAACGUUUCCGUUCGGACCACGAAGAGCAGCCUGAAGCGGAGGACGAUUCCAGUGAAUCCUCGACAUCAGAAGUGGGAUCGCCCAGGCCUCAAAUCGAAAGUGAAAAUAAUCCGAAACUGCUUUUGGAAUCACAAAAUCGUACUUUCUCGGAACUCAUAAAAGCAAUACAGCAAGCCCCGAAUGACGCAGUUGCCAUUAUAUUGCCGAACUUUAAUCCUGAUCGUGCAAGCGCGGAUGCAGUAUCAUGGAGUGCUACGGUGGAUUACAUUCUUUCCGAAAACAGUCUAGAAGGCAGCGCUCUCGUGAUGGCUCUCAGUCGGUCUUUGCAGGGAAGCGCGUCUCAUUGGCUUGCACAAACGGUCUACUUUGGGAUCACAUGGACGCAGUUCAGAGAACUGUUUUUGCAGAAUUUCGCCGGAACGGAGACCUUGGCUGCAACUGUGUUAAAUCUGCUAAAUGGUCGCCCAACAGAGGGAGAAUCUAUGUCGCUGUAUGGAAGCAGAAUUGUAACAUCCCUGGUGUCCAGGUGGAAGUCCCUGACGGUAGAGCAAAUUGCCGUUUCUGUUGCUUUGGCGCACGUGGCUGGAUUGGACAAGCGACUGCGACGCUUGGCUUUUACUACAGAAGUCAAUUCUCGGAACGAGUUGCAACAGGAGUUUAAAGCCUUUUCUUUUGAUGCUGGACCGAGCCGCGGUACUGGUGACGUCUUGUCGGCCCUGACUAAUAAGAAAACAAGACCCUUCUCCAAUAUCAAAUGUCACAAAUGCGGAAAAGAGGGUCACAAGAAGGCGGAGUGUCGUUCGUCUGGUGUGCAACCGCGACAUAGCCAACUAGCUACUCAACGUUCUGGACAUAAUGGAGGAAUAGAAGGAAAGGAAGGGCAUGUGGCUACUGUGUGCCCGGAUCGUGAGGAGCGCUCAAUGCCGGUCAAGAGGGAUUAUGUUAAAGAUGUCAACCUGUGUACCGUACUAGAGCCCCUUGGAACUUUUCAACAAUUUGGUGAGUCGUUCCAAUUUUGUUUUGACUCAGGAGCCGAGUGCUCGCUUAUCAAGGAAGCCGUCUCUCUAAAGCUGUCUGGGCCUAGAAUAAAUAACGUAGUAAUUUUAAGGGGUAUUGGUAGUAAUACGGUUUGUAGCACCCUACAGAUAUUGGCUAAGUUUUGAUUUGUGAUCAUUCCUUCGAAGUUCUUUUCCAUGCAGUUCAAGAUAGUUAUAUCAAAUACGAUGCUUUGAUUGGGCGUGAAAUUUUGAGCCAGGGAAUCGGUGUAACAAUUACAUCAAAUUCACUUUCAAUGUUUAAUGAAAAAACUGUAUUGCCUGUCUUAACUUCAGAUUGUGUUCCCGAUUUGGCCAAUGUUGAUACCGAUCUAAGUGGUUUAGAUAAGGAUAGGCUAAUAUCAAUGCUUCAAAAUUAUUCUGGUUCGUUUAUAAACGGUAUUCCACAAAGUCGUGUAACUACGGGGCAGCUAGAGAUUCGACUGAUUGAUCCAAACAAGACAGUCCAGAGACGACCUUAUAGAUUGAGCGUGGAAGAAAAAGAACAAGUGCGAAUGUCUAUUAAACAGCUGUUGGAUGCAAACAUUCUAAGACCAAGUUGUUCCCCCUUUGCAAACCCGAUGCUUCUUGUUAAGUAGAAAAAUGGAACUGACCGUCUCUGCGUUGAUUAUAGGGAACUGAAUUCGAACACUAUUUCCGAUAAGUAUCCGUUGCCACUUAUUUCGGACCAGAUAGGUAGACUAAGCGGUGCUAAGUUUUUCACCUGCAUAGAUAUGGCAAGCGGAUUCCACCAAAUCCCAAUUCAUCCGAAUUCGAUCGAACGAACAGCGUUCGUUACUCCGGACGGACAGUAUGAGUUUGUUACCAUGCCAUUUGGGUUAAAGAAUGCCCCUUCCGUAUUUCAACGAGCUAUUAAUUGUGCUUUAGGUGAUCUUGUUCAUUCGUAUGUCGUAGUUUACAUGGACGACGUUAUGGUAGUAGCAGGUACCAAAGACGAAGCUUUAGAAAGACUUGAUGUAGUUUUACAAACCCUAACUAAAGCCGGAUUUUCCUUUAAUAUCACCAAAUGCUCAUUUCUUAAAUCGUGUGUUGAAUAUUUGGGGUUUGAAGUUAAGGCAGGUGAAAUAAGACCCAACCCAAGGAAAAUAAAAGCAUUGACUGAUCUGCCGCCCCCACAGUCUGUGACCCAACUGAGAUAGUUCAUUGGUCUUGUUUCUUAUUUUAGACAAUUUGUCCCUCAGUUCUCACAAUUGUUGAAACCUCUGUAUGCAUUAACUUCCAAAAGCAUAUCGUUUGAGUGGAACCCGGAGCAUGAGCAAGUGCGACAAAGAGUAAUUUCUAUCUUGACCAAUGAACCCGUACUCACUAUAUUCGACCCACUUUUUCCGAUUGAGCUUCACACCGACGCCAGUGCUGAUGGUUACGGGGCCAUUUUAUUGCAUAGGAUCGAGAACAAGCCUCGAGUGAUCGAGUAUUUCAGCAAACGGACUUCCCCCGCCGAAUCACGCUACCACUCAUACGAGUUGGAAACGCUCGCAGUAUAUGUCUCCAUGAAGUAUUUCCGUCAUUACUUGCAUGGUCGUCAAUUUACGGUAUUUACGGAUUGUAAUUCGCUCAAAGCUUCCAAAACUAAAGCCAAGUUAACUCCUAGAGUGCAAAGGUGGUGGUCGUAUAUGCAGGUUUUUAAGUUCGAUAUUGAGUAUAGACCAGGUGAUCGAAUGGCUCAUGUAGACUUUCUCUCUCGAAACCCAGUGUUGGAAGAUCGUAAAAACUUAAAAGGUAUAACCGAAAAGCGUAUAAACUUGACAGAGAUUACCGACAACUGGUUGCUGGCAGAGCAGCAGAGAGAUGACGAAACAUCAUCCAUCGUGUCCAAGUUCCGCAAUAGAGAACUUCCUGAGGAUAUAGCAAAAACCUUUGAGUUACGUGGUGGUACUCUAUAUAGGAAAAUUCAAAGACAUGGGAAAACUCACUGUCUUCCUAUUAUUCCAAAGCCCUUUAGGUGGUCUGCUGUUAACAACGUGCAGGAGGCAAUUAUGCAUCCCGGUUGGGAAAAUACCCUCGCAAAAAUGUACGAGUAAUAUUGGUUUGACAAAAUGUCCAAGUAUGUCCGUAAAUUCGUUGACAAUUGCAUUACCUGUAGGUUAUCUAAACCUCCGACUGGCAAGGUAAAAGCUGAAUUGCAUCCCAUUCCGAAAGUGAGCGUCCCGUUUCAUACAGUUCAUAUUGAUAUUACAGGGAAGUUUAGUGGUAAAAAUUACCAAAAGGAAUAUAUAAUCGUCCAAAUAGAUGCAUUUUCUAAGUUCGUCCAUUUGUUUCACACACCAGACUAGACUCUGAAAGCUGCAUCAAGUCAGUGAGGUCUUUAAUAUCGAUUUUUGGGGUUCCUUCCCGUUUGAUAGCUGAUCAGGGACGUAGCUUUGCGAGUACUGUGUUUCGUGACUUUUGCUCAGCACAAAAGAUAGAUUUAGAUUUUAUCGCAACUGUCGCCAGCCGGGCCAAUGGCCAGGUCGAACGAGUGAUGAGUGCUCUUAAAUCUAUGCUAACUGCUGUUGAAACAGGCAAGGGAUCUUGGCAGGACGCUUUGUACGAAAUUCAACUGGCUCUUAAUUGCACUCCCAAUAGGGUAACGAAAGUUAGUCCAAUAGAGUUACUAAUUGGAAAAGAAGCUAGACCAUUUGGUCUUGUACCCGUUGCUGAAAACGAGAGUGUAGCUGAUGUAAAUCUAAUCAGAAAUAUAGCUAAGCACAAUAUGGAACAAAAUUCCAAAUAUGACAAAUUGAGAUUCGAUCGGAAUAAAGCCACUAUUGUUAAGCAUAAAGUUGGGGAUCAUGUCUUACUCAAGAAUGAGGAGCGACAUCGGACAAAACUAGACCCCAAGUUUAAAGGCCCAUUUUUAGUUGCUGAGCUAUUACCAGGUGAUCGAUAUAAAUUAAAAGCGUUAAAGGGCAAUCGAACUUACAAAUAUUCCCACGAAUUUUUACGAAGAAUGCCUGAGAAGGGGAUUACCACAGAGCAUAACGAGACGGUCAUGGAUGAAGAUGAUGUUGAUCGAGCCGGUAAUGGCUGCGAUGAUUUAUGAAAUAAGAAAAUGUAAAUGACAACUGUGUGCUAUGUGAUGGCCGGUUGGUCGAGAAAGACUUAAAUUGUUAAGUAAAAUGAAAGUUGUUAGAGAUAGUGAUUGACGAUGUGAAAAUGUGAUUGCUUAUUGGAGAAGCAAAUGAAAAUGGAAAAUUAAUAUUGUUUGAAUUGAUUGUAUUGUCCUUUGUUUAAGUAUGAGGAAAUGUAAGUUCGAUCUGCUAUUUAAGAACUAAGAAUUCUGUAUAACUUUUGAAUUUAAAAGAUCAAUAUUAUUAAGGAAAAAUGCUAAGUUUAAUUUGCUGUUCAUAGACUAAUAGCUCAUAAGGCUUCUGAUUAAUGAAAAUAUAGUUAUUUUGCAUUGUCUUCAAAGUACAUCUAGUUCUAUUUAUUAUUGGGAGAUAAUAUUUUGUAAUGUUUUAAAGUUGGAAACACUCGAAGACGUCGCUUCUCCUUCGUUUUCAUGUGCUUCUGUGCUGUUUCUUCGGCUCUCCCAAUGGAGGCAACUGAUUCUGUUGUCAACGUUAGUCUGUGCACUGGUGUGAGGGAGAUAGAAGGAUGCAGGUGUCCGCAUCAAAAAGGGAUAACGGAAAGUUCUUAAUGGUGUGUGUAUUGGAAUGUGAGAGCGAGAGUGGAAUAAAGUAGAGAGCGACGCUUGCAAAGAGGGACGCAAGCAGUUCUAGAGAACAUUCGUAUUUGAAGAGCCAAACUGCAAAGAUCAUGCCACGCGCCAGAAAACGUUUCCGUUCGGACCACGAAGAGCAGCCUGAAGCGGAGGACAAUUCCAGUGAAUCCUCGACAAAUAUAUUUUUUUACAGUCAAAAAUAUCAACAGUCCACUGUUCAAGAAAGACUUAGUUAAUGCCAUUUUAUGCGAACUACCAGUACUGGCAUUUAUUCAGCACAAAUCAAUAGAGACAUUCCCGGAAACACGCAGGACUAUUUUUUUCCCUGAAUUACUGAUAUGGCGAAUGAGGUUGUCGCAAAUUGUAAUAUCUGGCAAAAGGCAAAAUAUGAUCGACACCGAAACAGAUUCUCGGAGAAACCCCUACACAGGCGAAAUAUACAGCGAAAUACAUGUUUUCGACCAACAAGAAAUACUUUCUCACUUGCGUAGACAAAACUUGUUAACUUUUAAGCCUAGUAUCCAGAUCGACAA